CAGGAAGCACAGAGAGAGAGAGAGAGAGAGAGAGAGUGCAAGUGAGACGAUCCAGCGCUCAUGCUUUCAGCUCAUACUGAGAACAGAUGAACUGCAGAUCUCCAGCUUCACGUGGAAGUGUUGCAAUCCCUGCUUUCCUUGUUCGUUUUUGCCCCCAGGAACUCUUUUUUUUUCUAAUUGGGAUAUUUUAGCAUGACAUUUUACCCUCUUUUCUUGGGAGAAUUCUUACUUUUUUUUUCUUUUCUUUUUUGGAGUGUUGUCUGUGCAUGUUUUCCUUUCGUCCGAGCCUCUCAGUGGGCUCCUUGGGGAAUGGUUAAGUGCUGAGGACUGAAGAAGGGGACUGACUGCUCGUCUGAUUGUGUUUGGGACCUUUAAAAAGAAAAAAAAGAGAAAGAAAAGAAAUUUAAACCUGAUCAGAGGAAAAAAAGCAAAAUAAAAAAUUAAAAGUACUUUUUCUUGUACCAUGGAUCUCCCUCCCUUUAGAGGUUUAUCUGAUGUGCCGUGAUUGGUGCGAGCCUUGUAUCCAAGUCUGUUCCUUACUGGCUCUCGUGGCAUUAUGGACUCAGCGCCUCCUCUCAGGAUGGACCGUGAUGGCCUGGACCUCCAGCAAGUUCCCGUGCUCUCUAUAGAUCAGAUUCGCGCGAUAAGGGCCAACAAUGACUAUGUGGAGCGUCCUGUUGCACUAGACCCUGCUUCGCAGGUGGGUGUCUUCUAUACGUACGAUGAAAGACAUCCUCAGAUGCCUCGCAGUCAGAGUCAACACCAACAUGCCCAUCUGGCUCACCUGAGUCGCUCUAGUACAAUCAGCUCCAUGUCCCGUGGAAGUGUCGCUUCGGACCAGAGACUUCUUUCAGGAUUAACAAGUUCCCAUUCCGGAUUGGCCUCUGUAGUGCGUUCUCAACCCAAGGGCGACCUGAAACCGGACUCGUUAAGUAAAGGCUUGGCUGAUGGAGAGGAUGUAGGCUUACAUCUGUUCAUCUGUGAACGCUGUAGCCGCUGCAAGUGCCAGGAGUGUUGUGCCCCUCGAAGCUUGCCCUCGUGCUGGGCGUGUGGCCAGCGAUGUCUGUGCUCGGCCGAGAACGCCGUAGAGUACGGCACCUGCCUGUGCUGUGUGAAGGGUCUCUUUUACCACUGUUCGGGAGAUGAUGAGGACAACUGCGCUGACCGACCCUGCUCCUGUGCCCCGGCUCAUGCCUGCUCCCGCUGGAGCACCAUGGCCGUCCUGUCUCUCUGCCUGCCCUGCUUGUGCUGCUAUCCUCCUGCCAAGCUUUGCCUCACUAUGUGCCAGCGUGGCUACGACCGCGCCAGACGACCCGGCUGCCGCUGCAGCAACACCAACACCGUGUGCCGCAAGAUCUCCGCCACCAACCCUGCACCUUUCCGCAAGAGUCUGGAUAAACCGGUAUGACACCGACACGUCGCUCCUUCCGUCAUCCUGUCACCGCAUUCCCUCCUUUCGCAUUCCCGAGGAUACCAAACACUGAACUUACUGACCUGCACCCAACCAAUCAGGCCUAGCUACAUUACGUGCAAGAAUGGAAGCUUAUUAAUGAAAAAAAGUGUUGUCUAUUUAUUUAUUUAUUUGACUUUCCUGGCAAAGACAGGUAACGCUGUCCGUACAGUAUGUAACCUUUUACAGGGAGUAAGCUAUCAGAACAAAACAAAACAAAAAAAAUGUGGUGCUGCGAUGGGUAAAAUGCAUCUUCCGGGCACAGUGCCAGGAAAUUAUCUUCAGCCAUAUUGCGUGGACGGUCUGUACGCAAAAGCGGCUUAUGCGAGGGCGACGUAGAGCCAAGAGACAUUAGUUACAAACCAAACCAAACCAAAAAGGGACCAGAUAAAGCUGAUUCAGGAAUGGCUCGUGCCGUAAAAAAAGACAUUGAGACAUCGAGAGGAAGCGAGAAAGCCGGUGUGUGUGUGUUUCGUGUUUGUGCGUGUGCAUGCGGAUGCGUGUGAAAGACAUGUAAGGUGUAUGUGCAUGCGUGCGCAGUCUCAGGCCUCUGUCUGCUCUCAGCAGAAGCAUUCCUUUUUUUUUUUUUUUUUUUUUACAUUUUUUUUAUUUUUAGAGAAGCUGCUCAGAAAGACAAAGUGUCUGGUCAGGUUUCCAGCGCAGGGCAGCCUGACGCCAGCCUCUCCCAAGCGCUCUCUCCGUGCGUCCUCACCAUUCCACCCCCACCUCCUCCUGUCCUCCUCUACCACCACUACCACCCCACCCUCUCGUCUGCUGCUCUCUCUCUCAUUCCUGUAGUGGGAAUUCUUCGUCCUGUGCUAUCUCCACCUAUGCUAUGGGACCAAAUGUGAUUCAGUCAUCGUACAUUCCCGACGAAAUAUAUAUACAGUAUAUAUAUAUAUCUACAUAUAUAUAUUAAAAAAAAACCUCCGUCAUGGACUCAUUGUUUUUCUCUUUGCUGCUUUCGAGAUAACAUGUUACAUCAUUACUUAGAUAACUCUCAAGCAAAAAUCGUCCGAAAUAAACGAAAGGACUUUUGUAUCACCGUGCGGUUUAAGAUCAAACUCAACUCUGAACAGCAAAGAAAGCUAGCCGGGAAUAUGCUAUUCACACAAUGGCCAUACGAUCUAAGCACUUUGGACUUUGGCUCUUAAAGCGCUCAUCACGUCCGCUGAUUGACAGGAAGUGAAAGCGUCGAAGAGCCUUUCGUGUCCUCACACAGGAAGAGGAGACUCCUUUGAGACGAGGCUUGAAGUCGAUUGCCUUACCAGAAUGAAACUUGGGAACAAGGUGAAACAGAUGCACUGAUAUCCAAAAUUGGGAUGAGAAACGAAAUCAAGAAAUCUGUUUUGUAUGUGUGUGUGUGUGUGCGAGUGUGUGCGUGCGCAUGUACGUGCGCUAGCGUUUGAGUUUUUCCCUUCUGUAUAUGCACACUGCUCCUUGUUGUUAGAGUUCCUUUGCUCUAUUUUUCUAUCUACGUAGGAUUGUUAUUGUAUUUCUAUUUUUAUUCUAUUUGGUUUAAUCUGGGUAUUAUUGUUACCGUUAUUUUCUAUUACCAUCGGGGAAAAAAAUUAAUAAAAAUUAACCUUGAAUUAAAUCACAGGCCUGGCUAACACUUUAAAAUUAACUUUAAAGCUGGCUAUGUGUAUAUUACGGAGGAGAGGACUUUUGUGGUUCCACACAAAAAUUAUCCACAGUAUAAGGGAUGAGUCUUAUCAUGGAUUCAUGAGUCAUUGGCUUGUAUUGUCACAUGGUCACAAUUACAAAAUUGGAAAUUUGAGUAUAACGAGUGUAUUUACGAGUUGCAAGCAAUUAUUUAAAGGGCGAGAAAGACUGGAAGGACCAUUUAUGGAAAACACAUGAUGCAUACAUUUUUAGGAAUUAUUAUGUCGUAUGUAAAUCAGUAACAAUAACGGUGUUAAUAAUAUAUGUACGACACGCAAGACAUGGUCAGAUGUGAUGCUACUGGUUUCAUCCAAUCUUUCUACUUAAACAAACCAAAGAAAUUAUUAAGAUAUUUUAAGCUUUUCACUCCACCGUGACAUGUCAUUUUUUAUAUCUUGUACCAAUCAAGCCAGAUCUUUAAGAUCUUCAUCCUAUUUGAAAGCACAAAGACCUUAAACGUCUUUUCACAACGUGAGACCAUAACCUCUCCUCUCCUCCAUGGUCCAAUCCUAAGAGACAAUCUCUCAAAGAGGGGUGAUAUUAUUAUUAUUAAUAUUAUUAUAGGGAUGGGUGCAGUCUAUAUAGGUACAAGCAUUUUACAGGAACUGGUGCUGACCUCCGUCUUUAAGUUAACCACUAAAAGUUCCCCGUAUUGUAUUUGUAAGCAUUGCUUUGGUACAGUUGGCAUCUUGUAUGUUGUAAAAGAAUUAAAGGAGAGAGAAAGAGAGAGAGAGAAAUCUAUAUAAAAUGAAUAUAUUAUAUAUAUAAUAUACACGUUUUCUUCUGUUGCCGACAUAUUAUCGACGAGUCACAGAUAUUUAUUUAAAUGAUUGUUGAGGAAAGAUGAGUAUUUAUUUAUGGUAAAUGAUGAAAAGAAACAACCCUUGUAAUGAUUUCAAUUUUUUUUGUUGGAGUGGAGUGGCGGGUGUGGCCUCAAGGCCAAGGAUAAUAAAUAAAAGCAGUUUUCAAAUGCA